AUGUCUCUGUCAAGCGUCCCGCUCCGUCCGACGGACAACUUCGAUUGGGAGGCUUACGCCUCUGCCUACACGGGCCAUGCACGUGUUCAAAGACUCGCAUAUAUUGCGACCCACUGUCCACCGCUCCGUAAUGCUUGUAGCAAGGCAGCUAUCGAAUACAUCAAGGACAACACACGAGAUGUGCCGGCCUACCAAGCCAUGAUCACGGUGCACAACACCGAAGCGGGGUCAGGGAACCUCAUUCCAGCACACCUACGCAUCACAGCAGACUCGGAAUGGAUCGAGUCGGUCCAGCAACGCAAUAAUGCCGAGAGGGAGAAACUCGAGCUGGAGCUGCGCAACUAUCAAAACAAUCUGAUCAAGGAAUCGAUCCGCAUGGCUCACCGCGAUCUUGGCGACCACUUUUGGGACACGGGCGACUAUCACGAAGCACUCAAGCUGUAUACCAAGACGAGAGAUUAUUGCUCCACGACGCAUCACGUCAUCGAGAUGUGUAUGCAUGUGAUCGAGGUGUCGCUUCGACUCGAGAAUUGGAACAAUGUUCAGACGUUCGUCAGCAAAGCCGAGGGCGUGCUCGAGUCGUAUGCGCCAUCCGGGAGCACGGGAGGGAGAAAGCUCAGCUCGCUCGGCGCUUCGAACAUCGCGCCUCCUACGAAAGGGGCGUCUACUGCCGGUGCUGAUGCGAUCGGUGCGCUGUUCCGCGCUGGCGGCAGUGCAGGCGCGCAGACCACCUCGGCUUCGUCUUCCAGCAACCAAGCAGGCACGAGCGGUGAAAGCGCAGCGCAGGCGGAGACGAGGAAGAUCGUAGCCGAGACAGGCGCCAAGCUUCGUGCUGCCAAUGCGGUGGCCGAGCUGGGUCGUAGGUCGUACGAAGGCGCGGCCAAGAUCCUACUCAGCAUUGAUCCGGCUCACAGUUCUUCGUUCUCCGACAUCAUUACACCGUCGGACAUUUCGAUCUACGUGGCUCUCUGCAGCCUGGCUACUAUGGAUCGCGCUUCGCUCAAGACGCAGGUUAUGGAGGACUCAAAUUUCCGCGGCUACCUCGAAUACGAGCCACACGUGCGCGAGCUGCUGGAAGCGUUCAGUUCGGCGCAGUUCAAGAAGGUUGGCGAGAUCCUGGAUGAGCAUCAAGCGAGGUACCUUUUGGAUCCGUACCUUGCGCCGCAUGUCGAUGCACUGCGCACGAAACUUACGAGACGUGCGCUGCGACAAUUCUUCACGCCGUUCGACAGGGUGAGUAUCGCCAGGAUGGCAGCGGCCUUUGGAUGGACGGUCGAGCAGAUGACCGAGGAGCUGGUGGCGUGUAUCGAGAGAGGAGAGUUUCAGAAUCUGCCGGGCAAAGCGGCGGAGGAGGGAGAUGCGAGGAUCGAUGCUAUCACGCAAACGCUCGAGUAUAAGGUUAAGGAUUCACGCAGGGCCGUCUUUGAUGCAGCGGUCGAGUUGGGGGAUAGGAGGUGCAGGGAGACCAAACGCUUGCUGCUAAGGAUGAAGCUGGUGGAGAAUGGCGUGGUUGCCAAGGCGAGCAGGUCGUACAGCACGGAGGCGUAG